UUUUUUUCCCUAAAGUUUAACAUAUCUCUAAUUGUAUGUUUAUCUUGAUGCUGUAUUUUUCUUAUUCCCGCGUUGCCUUUUCGAUACGAGUCUCUAUUUAACCAUAUGAGUUGUAUUAUUAUCUUCUGGUUAUGUCSUGUUUAUCCAUGUAUUUUAACAUAAUGCUUUGCUAUUCUCCUUUUUGUCAUUGCAAUCUCAAGGUCGGUACAUUCCUCGGUCCAAACUUCCAGUUAUUUUUCCUUAUGUAACGCGAUACAAGAUAUUUAUCAAUAUCACCAUGGUUAAAGUAGAGUUCAAUAAUAACAAAACUUUAUUGUAUGAUUUCACAUCCGUUAGCUUCAGAAUGAAACAUGUUCUUGCAAUUUUACCGAUUUCCUUUGAAGGAUCGUCAAAAAAACGAUGUAAUAGAUCUGUAAAUCAAAUGCAUUUAAUAUUUGUGACGCUAUAAGCCAACGACGACGCUCUUUUUCUGUACCACUCCGCGUAAGGUAUUCAAUAUGGCAAGAACUUUAGCAUCAAACAAACAAAUCGCUAUUCACUUUCGAUAGUGAGCAUGACAUGAAUUGGUGUCAACUGCUGACCAAAGCYUUUAUCCACCAACAAUGACUYUCCAUGYACAUACUGAGGUCACGUGGGUUUCCAGCAACGCUAUUGGCUAUCUUGCUUUAGUGGUUUCCAUAUCAACCCUUGUAGUUGGAGCUUUGUGUAAAUUUCUCAAGGAACUUUGUCGUAAGUUUCGACGAAAAAGAAAAAAGCGACAGCGCGAAUCAUCGAUGCGGGUUCCUCCUGUUGUCAACAUAGGUCGAUCUGAAUCAACUCGAAGCGAUAGGUCUCCUCGACGCGAUUACACUGUACAGCGGUCUGACAGCUGUACAUCACGAGUAUCGUCAUUGGUUGARUUCUCAAUUCCUAAAACGAGAACCAAUGUUCUUCAGCAACCYCUGCCUCAGCUAUCGCAGGCUAGGACCUCGUAUGCUACUGGGGCGAGUAAAGAAGAAAAGAGGCGUUCUCUGGUGGCAAUGUAUUUCACGGAAGAACAACUAGCCCUCGAUAGCAUUGAACCCGCUGCGUACAGAGAAGUCGAUCAUACCGUCACUGUUGGAAAAGACUCAUCUCUCGGAGAACUAAACUUCGUCGUGAAGUACUCGGAACGCAGUCGGAAACUCAAUGUUGUUCUCGUUUGCGGUCGGGACUUUCCGUCGCGUGACUUUGCUGGAAGCUUAGACACUUGUGUGACAAUUGCGUUACUUCCAGAUCGUUCUCUAAGGAAACAGACUGCUAUUCACCGCCGAUCUGUCAAUCCGAUGUAUAAUGAGAGUUUUGUGUUUCAUAUAGCAGCAGAUGAGGACGUGUAUUCAAGGAGUUUAUUAUUUGUUACAUUUUAUUACGAUCAGUAUUCGCAUAGUCACGUGCUUGGUGAGGAACAGGUGCCCUUGGUUGACCUUCCUCUUGGUGACGAGGCUGUCGUACGAUGUUUCCUGCAAGAGGCAUCAGUAAGUAUAGAAUNCCGUUUCAAAGAAAACAGCUAA